UUAAAAUGAACAUUUUCAAGCAGCUGAAGUGCGACAUGCUCCGCUGUCAGAGUCCAGUGAAGUACUACGUGGUCUACUCCAGCGAGUACAUCUGCGGAGAGUGCAAAGAGAUCACCUACUCAGACCAUGAAGUCAAACCCCUUGCUGUUCCACAUGAAAUCAACUGUUCUUUGCAGAUAGUUGAAUGCAACAUAGAGACAAUAGAAUUGCUACUUGUACAUAAGCCCACCCUCCAGUAUAAGUGGGAACACUUGAUGGAAUCUUUCAAAGACUUCAAGGUCAGAGUUACCGAGUUAAGAGAAGCCUUCCAAAAUCUCAUUACCAAAAAGUUUUGGUCAAAAAUGGAAGACAUCAAACCUCAGAUCGAGCAACUCAAACAAGAAUGGAAGCAAAGCCAGAUACUUACUGAAAUGCUUCUGUUUAAGAACUCUGAAAGCAUCAGACUUAGAGUCAAAGGAAUUGAUGAGCAAGACUCAGUUCUAAACCAGAACAUUCGCCUCAAGGUAACUUUGGAUAAAGUCAGAAGAGAGAGACUCCAGGUUGAAACAGAUCUCAACACCAAGAUCGAAAGACUAUCCAAGCAUAAUUCUGAAAUUGACAGUCAAAGGGAUCAACUACAAGAAGAAUUGGACUCCACUAAGCACAGAGCUGAACAACUGGAAACACAGACAGAAGAAAAGCAAGCUCGGAUUGAAGAUAUGAAGACCAAUUAUGCUGCUUUGAAGACAAACUACGAAGACUUGAAAACUGAGAUUUCAAAUAAAAUUGAUGGGCUUGAUGAAUCUCAAUCUCAAGCAAACAAAAACAUUCAGAAAUCAUACAAAAGGCUCGAAGAGCAGGGUUCGGAAUUUCAUCAAAUUGUUUGUGAAAAUCUUGAAAAUAUGGGCAAGGAUCUUGACUGGAUCAAGGUCACUCAAACCACGAACCAAAAAGAGAGUUUAGACAAAUUAGAAGAAAUUUCUGAAGAUAAUAAUAAUCCUAAAAGCUCAAAAGAAUCCAAAAGAAUAAAACAAAAAUUAGACUACAUAAAAGAGGCAAUAACAGAAGGAAAUUCUCACUUAACCAGAAUGCUUACUAAAACGUAUGUUCAGACUUACCCUUCCCUCAAAGAAUCCCCAGACCCCGUGUCCAUCGAAUUCUUAGAACGAAUAGUUUGUCGGAAUCAUAUUGUGCUUGACCUUAGUUUGGAUGUGUACAGGAAAGUGGUCAAGGUGCUGGACAAAAGAUUUGUUUCCCAUUGAAAGGAGAUAACAUUGAAUGGUCUUGAUGGAAUUGAAGUUGAUGCUCUGACCAACUUUCUACAAAACUGCAUCCCAGAUCGACUCAAAGGACUCACACUCUGUGGGAGCGAUGACUAUCCUCCAAUAACUCCUUUCCUUGAUUCCAUUUUAAACCUUAAGAAAAAAAUUAGUGAGGAAAUAAACUUUUGUUUCUUCACUAUGACACACAAAGAGAAAGAGCUAAUUGAUGAAGCCUUUGAAGAAAUUACAGUAGAAGACGACCGUAAUCAAAGAUUGAUUAUGUUUAGAUGUGUCAUUUGUUGAUGAGGAUGAGAACUCAAUAGAAUUAUCUUAAGGUAA